CUGAGUGGUCUCGUAAUCGAAAGUGGUGUUGGAGAGCAAAAGCUGAUUCGAUAGAGCAUUCACGGGGAAGCGGCGGCGCUCAAGCAUCAGUCGACCUGGCUGCAAUCGGACGCACCCGUUGAACGACAUACUGCCAUGAGUAUGCUGUUCAAGUCUAGGCAGGCGUCAACAGAUCGUUCAGGAGCAUGACAUUCACUGCGGGUAGAAGGCCCUAUGUGAUUGGUGGAUCGCAGUUGCUCAUUCACUCGUGCAUACUCCACUUUGCAGCACCACUCGCUUUGCCUGUCGCUCUUCAGGUCGUUGCUGAUGCAUUUGCAACACACCAACAACCAGAUCCCAACAUCGCUCAAAAGACAAGAUGACGGACAGCACGAUCGAGUCUUCCACUGCAAUCAAUGAUCUCCCAGCAGAAAUUUUCGAGCACGUCGGCAAGUUCCUGCCAGCCAGAGAUCUCGCCGCCCUCCGCGUUGUCAAUCGAGACUCGAACAGCAAAAUCCUUCGUCACUAUGUUACAGAGAACUUCUCGACAGUCAGCAUCCUGGUCUGUGACAUCAACAGCAUCCGCGCAGCAGCAGAUCUAGUCGAGCACCCUGUCUUCGGCCCUGCGAUUCGUCGAGUAGAGCUUUGCGUCGACUCUAUCGUCUGCAACUCCACUAUGCCUCCUCGAGGACCUCGAGAAGCACCCGAAGCGAUUUAUCAGCAUUGUGAAGUCUCAGCAGACAUCAGCAAGCUCGAGGCUUUGAACAGGGAGAGAACGAACAUGUCGCUCGACAUCGGCGACUACGAAGACGAGAAGCUCUUUCGUCAGAUCUGGCAGAAAUUGAAGGCACUGGGCACGCUGGAAGCCGUUCAUCUCACAGACGUUCGUGUCGCUUCACGUUCGCCGCUGCUUUACUCCAAGUUUCAAGCAGCUGGAGGAUUCUGCUAUCCAGUGAUUCUCGAUUCGAAUACUCUGCAAUGGACGAUCUGUGCUCUGGGAACUCUGACUAAGAGUAGCAUUCCCCUCCAAUCUCUGUCAAUGGAUCAGAACCGAUGGGCUCUCACAAUCAACGAAGGUGGUUGGACUCGAGGGGGUCGGCAACAGAAACCUUACGAAGAUCGAAAGAUGUGGCCCAGAUUGUUCUCGCGAACCAAAGCCCUCAGGCUGGCUAUCUUUCAGAAGCAUUGUUACCGGGAUUCACCACUGGGAUCCGGAUUCGCACUCUUCCUAAGGUACGCUCUGGCUGAUGCUGCGAGUCUUGAGAAGUUGUCAUUGGAGCUGGCAAGCUCCAAAUCGGAGGACGAACCAGACCAGUGGCACAUGAGGUAUGAUCAGCGCUGUGACAGGAUGUAUCUGCUGCACGGCAUAAAUCUGCCUCCAGGACUCAAGGAGCUGGAACUUCGUGGAGGGCAGAUCGUGAUGGCAGAACUGGCCGACUUGAUUAAGGGCAACCCACGUUUGCAGAAGUUGGCACUGAAGAAGACCGUCCUGAUAAUUGGAGACAACCAGACUGAGCACAUUUCGGAUGGGCAAGGUGAGGAUGAGCAGGUCAAAGAAGGAUUGCUACAACUCGUUGGAGAGACGAGCAUCGAGCUGGACAUAUCUGCUGCAUGCAUUUAUGUCGGCCCCUUCUGAUUGGUGUUCAGGCGUUGAGCAUGAGUAGCUGUUGGUUGUCGAGUGUUGGACCGUCAAUGCAUAAACGAGUCUGGCAAGGAAUCUUCGGAGUUGAGGCU